AUGGGAGCUCCUGAUGACGACAACGAUGAUGAUUUUGAUUUGCCUUUUUUGGAGUCCUUUGAAGAAGGCUCUUUGUUGGAGCUGCCUCCUACUACAUCAUCAGAGACCUGCUGUGACGAUGAGCAAGGAAAGAAGCAAUUGAGAAAACCUGAGAAAAUGGCCAUUCUAACAGCAAAGUAG